AUGAAGGGACUUCUAUUUUACGACAGGGGAGAUCUCAGAUACUCGGACAUCCCCGAGCCAGAAAUCGAGGAUGAGAACCAGGUCAAAGUCAAGGUGGCAUACUGUGGCAUCUGUGGUACAGAUCUUCACGAAUACUUGGAGGGUCCAAUUUUCUUCCCAAAGAAGGGAGACGUGAAUCCCAUUUCCGGAGCAACUGUUCCCAUCUGCCCGGGACACGAGAUGUCUGGAAUUGUCGAGAAGGUGGGUUCGAACGUGACGCACCUCAAGCCUGGUGACCAUGUCGUUAUUGAGGCUUCUGCACACUGUUCAGACAUGGUUCACUACAAAAAGACGGUUGAGCCAAAGCCUUUCUGCAGUGCAUGCAAGGCCGGAAAGCCAAACUGCUGCAAAAACACGAACUUCAUCGGUUUGGGUGUUGCAUCUGGUGGUUUCGGCCAGUAUGUUGUUUAUGGUGCCGAACAUAUCUUGAAAGUUCCUGAUUCGAUUCCAAUCGACACUGCUGCCUUGGUUGAACCUAUUUCCGUGGCUUGGCACGGUGUCGAGAGGGCAAACUUCAAGCCUGGCCAGACAGCUUUGGUGCUAGGAGGUGGCCCGAUCGGUUUGGCCUCAAUUUUGGCAUUGAGAGGCCACAAAGCAGGAAAAAUCGUCUGCUCCGAGCCUGCACUCAUCAGAAGGGAGCUUGCCAAGAAGUUGGGUGCAGAGGUGUUCAACCCAAUGGACCACAAGGACCCAAUUGGCGACUUGAAGGCUCUGGUUCCGGAAACGGAGGGUUUCGAUGCCUCGUUUGACUGCUCAGGCAUUCCUGUCACGUUUAGUACUUCGAUUGAUGCCUUGGGACCCGGCGGAACUGCCGUUAACGUCGCAAUCUGGGCCGACAAGCCAAUCAAAUACAUUCCUAUGUGCUUGACGUACCAGGAGAAGUUCGCUACAGGUUCCAUGGGUUACGUUGUUGAUGAUUUCGCCGCUGUCAUCAAGGCCAUCGACUCAGGUCUCAUCCCGAUCGACUGCAUCAGACACAUGAUCACCGGUAAGGUUGAGCCUAAGGAUACCGUUGAGAAGGGUUUCAAGGAGUUGAUUACUCACAAGGAGACCAAUGUCAAGAUUCUCGUUACUCCAAACGGCCGGAUCUGA